AUGAAAGUCGUCCUUAGCUACGCUAGACGCUUGGGCGCAUCCCGUCGCAGAAGAAAAGCUGCCCGUAAGAGAUCCCCAGUGCUAGCAGUGCCUGAAAAGGCUGAAUGGCAUCAUUCUGAGCAUGUUUCGCCAACUCCCCUGGCAUUAGAGAAGGCCGAGGAAGCUGGCAUUUCAGAUAUCAAGGAGGUUGCUCCUGAACGUCAUCUACGAACCGAGACAUCUCCCCAAGUCGAUCCACCGCUGUACACGGAGUGUGUUGGUGAGAAGCAAACGUAUGAAGAGAAGACGGAGUCUCCUGAGGUCCUGGUGACCGAUGUGGAGGUUUCCAAAACAACAGAGGGCAGGCCCCGUGAGUUGUUAUAUCGUUCACAGUUCAACGAGCUUCAAGAGAAGAGCCGGCGCCCGCCAGAACAGUUUGUUCGCUUGCGCAAGGUUACUAGAAUAGUUCCUGACUGCACUGACUACAGAGCUGUUUACCAUAAGCAAGCUUUGGCUGAAGUGUGGAUAGAGCUUUUUAACAUCGUCAAGGUUGCCGUUUGGGCUAUCCUUGCAUGGCUACUUGUCUGUGGUAUGAUCCCUCCAUUAAAGUGA